AUGCAAUAUGAGUUUUUUGGACCGCCUCUUUUCACGUUACAGCAACCCCCCAUUGCACACGUGCAAAGCCAAUUCGAGCCAGCGGUAGUUUCGUCGACAUGGCUUUCGUUCGAUCAAAACGGCUCGAUGCCGCCGGUAGAAUCCCACAACCUUUACAUCCCUGUACAAGCACAGCAGCCGUCUACUGUGGUCUCUGCGAUACCCGUAUCACUACCUCCCGUACCCUCGUGUUCUGCGCCUCUGGAGUUGGGCCCCUCUUGGCGCAGCGUACCGGCUUCGGCACCAUCGAACGCAAUUGCGUUUCACGCAAGCGAGACUCCUCUUGAGGCGACGACAAGUCAAUCCCCCUGGUGGGAGUCAUUUACCCUCCCUUCGAAAGAAGCGUGCGCUCGGGAGAUGGAGCGCUCUGUCCAAUGCCCCGAGACUGCGCCCGACCGGGGAGGAAGUCUGAAGAGGAAGAGGUCACAUAGUCCGACGAUACAUUCAAGUCCAUCGACGCCGGUGAAAGCCGCUUUGGCGACGGUCUCUUUUGGUGCCGUCGAUGCAAACACCCAGCGGUUGUACGUAGCCGGGCGGUUGGGAGGAAUGGACGAAGUGGAGCGGAAUUUGCUAUAUCGCGUGGGUUACGAACGACGCUGCGAGC